GCAUUGUCCUGCAAACGAUGACGGUCCCAUCCCGUGGGGGGACCCCGGUGGGGCCUUUCCCAGGGCCUUGUCCCCUCCCACACAGCGCUUCCUUCUCCCUUCGGCUCAGCCAUCGAAGCUCCCCAGGGGUCACACCUUCAGCCUGGCUGGUGGGCUCCACCAUGUCCUCCGAGGGGGACAGUGAGCCGCCCCCACCCCAGGCAGAAUGCCGCAGGCUCCCUGGGACACAGCGCAGAGCAGACUCACGGGAGAGGACAAACCCCCCACUAAGCACGAGCGCCUCCCCAAGCCAGCCGUGUGCCUGCGUCAUCUCCCCUAUCACCUCCAGCUGCUUCCGCUCCUGCUGCCGCAGCCUUGGGACCAAGCUGGCUCCCGCCUUCCUCAUGCGGCUUCCGCUGUGCUACGAUCUUUCACAACAUAAUGUCCCCGUGCUGCUUUACCUGCGCUGCUGUUCCGCACGGCUGGUGGUCUGCCCUCCAUCCUCCUUCUCUCCCCGCCAUCACCUGGCUGCCCAGGGCUGGGAUCUGGGAAUCUUGAGCAACGGGCAGCCCUGCCCUGUAGCGAGGACUCAGAGGAAGCGGCGCUGGGCGUGGAGCACACUCACCUGGAAAGAGAAAGCUGGAGAGCACUGGGAGGGAGAUAAGGUGGUCAGAAGGCAGGAAAUGAGUUGCCGGGCAGCUGCGAACUGAGGCUGCUGAUCAAAGGCACAGGAA